AUGGGAACGAAACGAAAAUUCAAGGCCAAGCGAUCACUCGCAGCACUUCCAAAGGGUCUAGUUCAUAAGAAAGGCAGAGUUUCCGACCCUGGAAAUCCCUUUGAAGUCACGGGUCGUUCGUCCAGGGGAAAGCAAAAGCAUCUUGUUCACAACAAACUGAUUGCCAAACCAAAAUCGACCAAACAUGCUCUCGAGAGCUUGCAGAGACGACAAACUCAGCUGCGAAGUAGUAUUAAGUCAACAAAAAAGGCAAAUGUGUUCGUUGAUAAGCGUAUUGGUCAGUACGACUCAUCCAUGUCGGCGGAUGAUAGGAUGUUGGCUCGUUUGGUAAAGGAACGAACCCGUCAAUCGCAACGGGUAUCGAAAUACAGAUUGGACGACGAUGACAACAAUCUUCUAACGCACAAGGGAAGAAAAUUGGAUCCCAAUAAGAGCGAAGUUAUCUAUUCUGAUGAUGAAGAUGGCCAUGGACAGCUAGAAGCAGUAGACACUGAACUUCAUUUCGGUGGAUCAGGAAUGUCCAACCGCCAGGCUGAUCCCUACGGGGGGUCGUCUAAUUCGAACUUAUCCCAGGUGUAUAAUCAGCGCAAAACCGAGUUAGACGAUCUCAUUGCGCGCCGCAAAGUGAUGAAGGCAGAAAGAAUGCAAGCAAAGGAGACACAAAUCGAAACCGUUGAGAAAAUGGAUGAAAGUUUUGCGGAAUUGUCCGCUCUCUUGUCGUAUCGCAAAAAUGAGAAACGACCUCUGAUCGCCCAGCAAACUCAAGAAGAAAGAGAGAUGAACGAAUGGAAUCUCGAAUUGAAGCAAAUGAUGAUGAAGCCCAAAAGAAAAGCUACAGAUAGAACAAAAACCCCCGAAGAGAUUGCUAAGGAAGAGGCCGAGAGGCUACAUGAAUUGGAAACCAGACGCAUGGCUCGCAUGAAUGGAGAUUUUGAUGAAGAUGGCUUCUCGGAUAUAUCCAUUGAUGGCUAUAGGGGCUCCAAAAAGAGAAAAAUGAAGAAAAAUAAACGUGACGACCAGAGCAAUCGGAAUCCUGAUGAACUAUCUGAUUCUGAUGAUGGGUCGGACCAUGAUGAACCCAAGGCGGUAUUUACAGCGGAUGGACUGCAAUAUUUGGAUAAAGAAGGCAGUGCUGUGAGAAAAGAUGAAUGUGACCGCAACGAUUCGGACGAUGAAGAUGAUAGCACGAACAACGAUGGUCAUCCUUUGGCUGAAGGAACACGUGUACAAGGAAAUUAUCACGCUGCAGAACAAUUUGACAAUCAAGAUGCGUGGUACUAUGGCGUAAUCAAACGGGCUCAUGUGGAUCCCAGAGGUGCCGUGACAUACGAUGUCGACUACGAUGACGGUGAUUUCGAAGAGGGAGUAAGUCCAGAAAAUGUUCGCACAAUUGCCAAGUCAGAUCAAGAGGUGGAGAAAGACAAAGAAAAGUCGGAAAGAGAAUUGGAAGAAAAAUUCAAGCGAAACAAGGCGAGGGAUAAGGCAAGAAACGAAAUGCCGUUCAUUUUUGAGGUCACAACAACUUUGGAUGGGCUCCACGAAGUGAUCGCGAAGUACGCCACUAGAGGAGAAGACGCAUCAGUUAUCAUUGAGCGCAUGUACAAGGCCAAUUCUGUGAAAUUAGAUCAUCGAAACAAAGAAAAGAUGCAGAAUUUCUAUGACGUUUUGCUUCGAAGGUACAUGAGUGUCGGGGACGCCAUUUUUGUUUCUGGGGAUGGUGGUGAGGAGCUUGGUCGCUUCUCUCAGCUUGAUCGUCUUCUUAAAGUGAUGUACCAGAUGGCGCAAGACUCUCCCGACAGUGCCGGUGCCGUCUGGUCUCGCCGUAUCGGAUUCUUUCAAGGUGCCCAUGCGAAGCGUCUUCGGGAUGCCGAGUUUGAAUACGAAGACGAUGCUGCUGACGACGGACUUGUCACUGCCUGGCCAUCGAUGGGAACCUUUCUUCUGCUGAGAGCACUUGGUCACAUUUUCCCCGUAACAGACAAGAAACACUACGUUGUGACCCCGACUGUUCUUUUGCUGGGCCAAAUGGUCGCUCACACCCCCGUAACAUGCAGUUACGAUCUUGUUAUGGGAAUACUUUGUUCGGGUCUUCUCAUCGAGUACUCUAAGGAUGCAAAGCGCGUGGUUCCAGAAGCACUUGCAUUUCUUGCUGGGGUUAUGCGUCUCUUCUCCAAAAACCCAGGUUUCUUUGCCCUUCCCAGUCUUGAGGUUGCCAAGAAUGUACCUACGAUUAAGGCAUUACGAGAUGGCCUAUCAAAAGCAAAAUUUGGUGAUGGAGAUGUACCCAGACUUACGCUGACAAGUGACUUCAUUGUCGAUGGCAAACUCGAAGACUUGUCUGCAGCGAUUCUUUUCGCUGCUUUGGAUCUAUCAGAAACAUACGCAAAUGCUUUGGAAGGAUCGUUCUCCAUAUCUGUCGAGGCUGAAGUUUUCUCGGAACUAAGCGAAAGUAUUCUGACGCUCCCAAAGCGAGGAAUACCGAACGUUUUGCAGCAGAAAAUUGGAUCCACUGCUUCUAAACUUGCAUCCAUGUGCCCCCUCAAGCGCAAACCUGUGUGCAGGCAACGGACGAGUACAAAGACUGAAUCCGCAAUUAAAAGCUUGGCUCCCCGUAUGGAAGAUCCGACUCGUUAUUCGAUGUCUAAAGACAAGGGCAAGAAGGCUGUACAAGUUGCUAUUGACAGGACUCGCCGUGAAUAUAAACGAGAACACAAGGCUAUUUCACGAGAAUUGCGUUUGGAUGCACAUUUCAUCGAGAAGGAAAGGCGCGAUGAACACGAAAGCCGAGCUUCGAAAGCCCGUGCAAAGCGCAAUAAAAAUUACGCUUGGCUCGAGGGUGAACAGGCUAGUAUGAACGAGCAAGUUCGCCUUGGUGGCGGUCUUCUGACAGGAGGAGGAACGGGCUUGGCGAAGGCAAAAGCAGCGAGUGGAAAGAUGGGUAUUAAAAAGGGUGGCAAAUUGAAGUAA